AUGAUGAUGAUGAUGCAUUUGUGUCGGCCGACGACGACGAUUCAUUAUUCGCGCAAGGAAAUUUCGAAAAUUCUUCCUCCCGAGUUUUACCGGAAACGUGGCCGUGGAAGGACAGCCCCACAAAGUAGACGAAAAAUUUCCGUCGACAUUUGGCGCCGGCGGCUCCCCAAAAUCAACGCUAACGAAUCGGCCCCCAGGAAGAGCCACUCGACGGCUUCUCCGCUUGGAAAAAAAAAAAGAAAUAUGAAACAGCACAAAAAUGGGGAAGAAAAAAGGUUUUUGGAUGAUUUUGCAAUGGUUCCAGAACAUGUCAAGGACCAAUUUUCACAGAAUAAAUAGGAAAAAACUAGCCGACAAAUGAGCCUGAUCUGUGGAAUAUGCGCCCUACUGGCAAAACUUAUGAAUUUUAAAGGAGAUUACCUGGAAAAAGUACUGAAAGAAAAGGAGAGUCCCUGGAAAAAACGUUUUAAAAAGACUUCACACAGUAACCUGAAAAAUCAGCCAAAUAAAUGUUGCCUUGAACAUUUCUGAGGAACAUGCGCUCUACGGGCAAAAACUCAUAAAUUUAAAAACUGAAAAAUAAAUGAGAGUCCCUAGAAAAAAACGUUUUUAAAAAGGAAUUUUUUUCUCACCCAGUUAUAUGAAAAAAAUCAACCAAAUAAAUGUUACCCUGAAUAUUUCUGAGGAGAUUUUCAAGAAAAAUGAAAGAACAGAAGAGGGUGUAGGGAAAAACUCACUUAAAUACAGUUUUUGAAAAAAAUUAAAAUGGCCCAUAAAUAGCUAAUAGGAAAAAAAGAAAUUUCAACUUGAAAGAUUAAAUUUGUUUUUUUAUUUGGUCUUCAAAAAAAUGUAUGAAAAAAAGACCAUUUUGAACACAGAAAUUAGAAAAAAUAGAGUUUGAAAAAUUCUGAGGAAUGUGCGCUCCACUGACAAAAUUUAAAAAAAUGUAGAAUAUGAAAAAAAGUGAUAAAAUGGAAAUUAUGAUAAUUGAUAGGGUUGAAGGUUUCAGCGAGAAGUUUGGACUUUCUCUUUGAAAUUUUUUUUUGAAAACAGCCGAAAAAGACUCAAGAAAGUGCGCUCUGUUGAUAAAGUUCUCACUUUAGUGUUUCUCCCCCGAAGUGAAGAUCUUUUCUGAUUGUAAAUGAAAAACUAUUGAAUUUUUUUGAGCAAAAAAAUCGAAAAAUUCAGUGGAAUGUGUUUCGAAGCAAAAAAAAGGAAUUUUCUGAUGUUUUUUUUUUCGUUUUGUAUAGGGAAACCCUGUAUUUUAGAGCGGUUUUCGAAAUUCUCUAGUCUUAUUUUUUUUAACUUAUUAUUAUAUUUUACAUCGAUGGUCAUGAAAAGUGAAGUUUUAUUUUUCAAUUCAAAUUCUCAUUUUCCCGCCGUUCCCAAUGAUGCACUAUCCACCUCAAAUUGAGAGAUUCCGGCCGCCUUUUUUCUCAAUCUUUGCCCCCAAAUGGCGUGUCGAGAACGUGAAAUAAUGAGCCAUUGGUGAAAGAGAUUUUUUUUUCUCUCUUCGGGGUCCAUUUUGCGACCAAUUGUUUUCCGUCGUUUUCCCAUCAAAAUGAGACCGCCUCUUAACAAGAAGGAAUGGAAAUUCAAAUGAAAUGAGUCGAAACAAUGUUUUUUCUAUACAGAAAACAAUUUCUGAUAAGAAAAUAAGUUUUAAAAAAUUUUUUAAAUCGCCUUUAUAUGGUUGAAAAAUGAUAGUUCCUACAAGGAGGUCAAUUUACUUUAUUUUUUGUAAUUCUCCGAAAUUUGGUCAGAAUACUCCUGGAUGUACCAGAAAAAGAUGCUAAAAGUCCAAACCUGCCCAACUUCCUAGUUUUUGAGAAAGGACUCCUCAAAGCCAAAAAAUCCCUCGAAUUCCGUUAAAAUGGGCUAUUUUUGGGCAUUGACCUGGGAUUUCAUUUAUUUUUGCGGUUGGGAAUUUUUCGAAACUUGGCCAGAACACUCCUUGUUGUACCAGAAAAGUACCCUGAAAGUCCCAACCUGCCCAACUUCCUAAGUUUCAUGAAAGGGUUCCAAAAGUCAAAAAAUCCCUCAAAUUCCGUAAAAAUGGGCUUUUUUUUGGGCUUUGAGCCCUCAUUUCUCGAAAACUAGGAAGUUUUACAGGUUGAAACUUAUAGAUUAUUCUUUCUGGUACCUCAGAGAAGAUUCUGAACAUUUUUCAAAAAAUCCCAACCGCAAAGUGUCCUUACCUCCCUUGUGAGGAGCUUGAAAUGUCUCACCCUUUUUUCAUACUCGAAACUUGAACCAAUUAGCGAAAGUCAACAAAAAAGAGGAAAAAAAGACGCGUCAUUCCUUUGAAAGUACACUUUCGCCUGAAACUGACACCGAGUCCAACGUCAUUUUCAGAAAUCCACGGCAAAAAAAAAGUUUUUAGAAAACUUAGACAAGUUUUAAAGCUUCAAGUGAGUCACAGAAUCAACAUUUAAACGAAUAAUAAUUUUUUAAAGGUGUUACGGUAGGUAUGGUAAGUUUGUGAAGCGGUCGCGUCGCGUUUUUUUGGCGCCAAUUUGAAUAUUUUUUUCCAGUUUUGGAGAUUAUUUUCGUGGGAAUUUAAUUUAAUGUAAUAAAAAAAUAUCUUUAAAAAAAUGUUAUAAAAAAAUAUCUUUAAAAAAAUUAUUUUACAUUAGCUAACGAAUUUUAUUAAAGAGAAACAUGCGAAAAAAAUCCGAAAUUCGAGAAUUUGGAUUGGCGCCAAAAAAACGCAACGCGACCGCUCCGCGCAUAAAAUAUGAAUAUCGCACUUUGCCGUUUCAAGACGGAAAAAAAUGAGGAAUUUGAAAAAGAAAAAAAUGCACUCUCAGAGGAAUAAAAUGCCCAAAAAGAAUGUAAAAUUUUAAGAAAAAUCUUAAAAAAAUUCGAAAGAUUUAAAAAAAUUGAUCAAUGAAACCGAAUAUAUUUUUCUUAAUUUUUUUCAGGUUCCUCAAAGACUUCCCCGCGGCGCAGACGCACUACUGCGAGAAGUUCACUUCUGAUCCGGCCAGAUGGAAUCUUUAUCCGAAUCUCAACUACUCGGCCUUAUUUUUCGCCAUCGUCAACCUUCUGGACGUCUUCCCGCUCAUCACCUCUUCACCUCAACGUAAAUGAAGGAAAUUAUAGUCUGCCACGACUUAAAAUUUCACCGAACGACAUUCCGCUGUUCCGCUGCGUGCGGUCGCGAGGCGUAUUUCGAAUUUAGGUCACGCUUUCAAUGGAUUAUUGUUGCUGUGGGAGCACAUGAAAGUAGAGUACCAUUAUAAAAGAAAAAAAAAUUAAAAGCGCGACUAUGGUUCGCAAAGGCGCGUAGCGGAACAGCGGAAUGUCGUUUGGUAAAAUUUUAAUUCGUGGCACACAGACUAUAUUUGAAAAAAGACGGAAUGAGUCGCGCGACGCGUGUGCGCUGCGGUUUUUUAAUCUUUCUGAGAUUUUUCUGUUUAUAUUAUUUCGAAUCUUUAUAUUGUAGUGUCAGUCGAUUGACUUGCAGAAGAAAAAAACAUUUUCUUAAAAAUUCAAGCUUGAAAUACAAAAAAAUGUUUUUUUAUAGGGUUGAAUAAUUCACCUGACCGCUACGCAGACGCGCCGCAUGAGCCACUCUCAAAAAUUUUCGAUUUUUUUGGAUCACUGGAAAUGUUUCUUCUUCACAGUCAUGAUAAAAAUUCUCUUGCUUUUUUCUAUGACCUCUAGUGAGGGAAAAGAGAGCGCAGACAGGUCAGACUGUUUCGAGUCGAGGCGAAUAGAUUAUACUCAAAUUUUUUUUAAUUGUAAUUUUUUUUCUGCUUAAUCGUUCUAAUAGCUAGAAAGUAGGACAAAAAAGAAGAAUUUCUGAAUUUUGAAGCGAUCGGCGAAGCGAUCCUGGACACGAUCAAAGCGUUGAUGAUCUUCUUGGAACGCGACUCCUUGGAGCAGUUGCCCCUGCUUCUGGCCAGUCAACUCGGAGUGUUUCCCCAUGAGCUGGAUAAGCAGGUGAAGUCUGAGACGGGUCUGCCCGGGGCGAGAAACGGUCAAAAGAGCCAUUUUUCUCCGUUUUUCAUCAGAUGGUUUUUCACUCAGUUUCUGAAUUUUUCACAUUCGGGCCGCCCCGGUACAACUUUUUCAAGUCGCGGGCCGACCCGGGGCCUCCCCUUUUAUCAAUUUUCCAGCUUUUUUUUGGCCUUUUAUCCACGUUCUCAAAAACGCUAUAGUGGUCCCUAGGGGUCCUUGAAAGUUUCACUCUAGGAACCUCCCUACCCCCCUGUAGGGUCUAAAGCUCGCAGAAGGAACCGCUCUAGGGGUUUUUCUCUAAUAGGCACUCUAGGGAGUAGGCUGAUGGCUCCUACACCUUUUUUUAAUUAAAAAGGAAAAAAAGGACAAGACAUUAUAAAAAUCACUGUAGGGACCACUCAAGCUUUAGGGGGUCAGACUUUGAAAUCUUUUAGGGACCGCCUAAGCCCUCUAGGGAGCACUCAUUUCUCAAUUUUGGAAACUGUUUUUUUUUUCCUACUGGGAAAAUUUUUAGUGGCCACUAUAGGGUUUUGACGUUUUAGUGACCAGCAUAGUAGUCAAAUUAGUGGCCACUCAAGGUGUUAAAAUUUACUGGCCAUUAUAGAGGUCUAAGUACUCUUACUAGACCACUAAAAAUUUUGGCGGCCACUUUAGGGAUCAAUGGAUCAACAUAACUGGUCCAAUCUGUUUGUUUAAAAAUUACCAGAGUUACUGGAAGGAAUACUGGAUAAAAAAUACUGAAGUGGCCACUAAAAAGGAAAAUAGUGGCCAUUAUGGAGGUGGGUUUAGUGGCCACUUUAGUGUCCUCUCCAAGUAGCCCUUGGCGAGCCUCUAUAGUGGCCACUAACAAUUUUCCCAGUAAGCCCUUUAGGGAUCCCUCUGGAGUUUCCAAUUCAAUGAGUUAUAACAGUAAGGUUGGUUGAGAAGUUAAUGUGAAAAAUUCAAUGCUGUGAUAAGGUUUUUUUCAAUGAAAUUACUUAAAAGUUUGUGAUUGGAAAUAAAUUUAUAAAUGAAAAAUAUUAUAACGCGCAAAAAAAAGAUUGACCUUCCUCGUUGAAAAUUUAAAAGAAAAAUUGUCUGUUUACACUAUUUCUCCCUUAAAAUUAUCAAUAACUAUACUUCUUUACAGAUUGUCCAUUUGCUGGCCGACUGUGUCUUCCCAUUCUCGAUCAACGACGACACCCUCGUCAAAUUGUCGGUCCCAGGCGUUCUGAUGCUCAUUCUGCAGCAGACCAACGAUCCCAGUUCGUUCAAAGGGAGAGGAAAUCAAAAAUUCCACAUUUUCCAGGUCUCCACACCUGGAUCAUCGAAGGGGCCAUGAAUUGCUCGAAUAACGUCCACGACGACCUGAUGCAGGUGCCUUGGGAAGAUCGAUAUGAGAAAAAUAUGUUGGAGAAUAUCACAGGCACUAUGGGGGGGUAAAGAAGUGGUCCCUAGAGGGGUGAAGAUCAAGUGGUCCCUGUAGUGAGUUAGGGUCUGACCGCUAAGCUUUGAUAGCUUAAGUGGCCCCUCUAGUGAUCCCUAGAGAUGAUCCUAGAAGUGAACCCUAGAGGGGUGAAGUUCAAGUGGUCCUUGUAGUGAUUUAGGGUCUGACCGUUAAGCCCUCUAUAGCUUAAGUGGCCACUCUAGUGAUCCCUAGAAGUGGUCUCUAGAGGCGUAUUAAGUUUAAGUGGUCCCUAUAGUGAUUUAGGGUCUGACCGUUAAGCCCUCGAUACCUCAAGUGGCACCUCUAGUGAACCCUAGAGGUGAUUUCUAGAAGUGAUCUCUAGAGAGGUGAAAUUUGAGUGAUCCCUGUAGUGAUUUAGGUCCCGAUAGCUCUAGUGGCCCCUCUAGGGACCUUUGGACUUACUGUGUCCUCCAGCAGUGCUAUUAAAAAAAUCAUCAGGCUUUGAAUCGGCAAAAAUGACCCAAAACGUCACCUUGAAGUUGAUUAAAGGUGCGCCAGACUUCUAGCUACUUACGCGUUAACGCGAGCUUGUAAGCCCCAAGACGGCUGAAGGCUCGGUUCAACCGCAACGCGACCGCGACGCAUGCUUUACCACGAAACAGAGCAUUUUUUCAAGGCUUUUCGUUCAGGUGAUCGCAAAAGGUACCUGCGAAUCGCGUGUGGCCGCUGCGAAUCUCCUUUUCCACUAUUGGCCUUUCCCAAAUCCGCACGUUCUUCAUCGGAAGACUAUCCAAUACCGUGUUCAUGGUAAUAUUUUCUUGAUAAUUUUAAAAAUGCUCAAAGGUGCAUAGACAGCCUUAACAAAGGUCUUAACGCGAAGAGCGUUUCUUAGACAUCUGCGACUUUAAAUUUUCAAACGAGCAUAGAUACUUUUAUAACUGUUUAAAGGAGCAUAGGUAACCCUAAUGAAGGUCUUGAAGCGACGAGCCGUUUUUUGCCAUCUGCGCCUUUAAAAUUUUGAGAAGCAUUGAAAAUUUCAGAAUGGUCUCGAAGGGAAGAGUCGUUUUUAGACAUCUGCGCCAUUAAAAUUUUUAAAGGAGCAUGGAAAAUUUUAUGAAGGUCUCGAAACGAAGAGCCGUUUUUAGACAGCUGCGCCUUUAAACAACUUCUAGAGAUGCUUAAAAUCAAGAUUUUCUUCAUAAAUUAUUGAUUUUUAGCUUGGCACAACAUCGCCUGCCAAUCGACUGGCUGUACCGACAAGGCUCAUAGGUAUUUUUGUUUUUCAUUUUUCGAUCAUUUGGUCUCAAAGAGGAAAUGAACAUUCCGUUGUGAUUUAGUUACGCUUUUAGGAAAAAAGUCCCAUUAAAGGAGCUAGGGUUCUUUUUUUUUCGUAAUGCCGUAUUUCAGCACAUGUGGCGGCCACGUGUUUGUUUUCCAAAGAAAAACUUUUUUUUUCCUUUUUGUAAAGAUUUCUGGAACUGGAAUGUUAUACGAUAGAUGUGAAUUUAGGACUUGAAAGUUGAUCUUAAGAAAAAAAAAAGAUAUCAAAACGAAAGUAGAUUAAACUUGACAGCAUCUGCGCUCCAUGGACAAUUUUUUUCAAAGGGCAUUUUUUUCAAGCUUUUUUUUAGGACUUAAUUUUUGAAAUGAUGUUCCUACAAAAAGUUUAAAAAAAGUCGAAAAAUUUUAUUUUUAAAACUGUAUUUUGCGAAAAAAAAAGCUGGAUUUUGUCGAAAAAAAUCACAAAAAAAACUAGGUUUUUUCUUGAAUUUUUCAGCGUUUUGUUCAGUGUUUCAGUGGCUCAUGCGUUAUCGUGUAUUUAAUUCAAUUGUUUCGUUGAAGUUAUAUCGAGAAAUAAAUGAAGGAAACUUUUGAGGAAAAAAAGCAAGAAGGAAUGAAAACUGUCGUCAGGUUCGAUGUUUUUGCCGUAGUGAACUGGAAACAUAAGAAUUUACGCGCAUAACACUUGUAAUUUUUGAAUGAAUUCGGAGAUGGACUUUUUAAUCAGUUUCAUUUUUUUCUUAUUCAAAUUUUCAAAAUUUUCCGGGUUUUAUCAACAAGUGUGCCCGUGUUUUUUUGAGGAUUGAAAAAAAUAUUUUGAAAAAAAUAAAAUAAUAAUAAUUUAUUUCUAAAUUGUAAUACUGAUGCUUCCAAUUUCAAAAUUUCACCUUUAAACAAUUUUUUCCCACAGUUUUGGCACUAUAUCUUUAAAAUUUUCACUUUUUAAAAGAUUAAUUUGAAUCCGGAAACUCAUACAAAAGAUGAUUUUGACAGCGUGAAACGUUGCUACGAUCCGGUGAUCUGCGCCGACGUUGCCGACUCGUCUCCGCCCAUUUUCCUGUGCCGCAAGUGCGCCGACCAAGUGAUGGGCGAGAGGAAAGUCGUCACCCAAAAUAUUGCGCAGCCGAUGCCGUCCAGCAGUACCACUUGUCAGAGACAGGUGAAUUUUUGGGGGGAAUAUUUUUUUGAGAAUAUUUCGAGAAAAAAACAGAAAAAAAUUAUGCACAGAGCCAUCAGAGAAAAAAAUUUUUUUCAGAAAAAAAUCGUAGGGAAAAAGCUUGAAAAUAUCAAAGUUUAGUUAUUUUACUGUUUCAAAAUAUUUUUUUAAUUUUAUUUUGUUUCAAAAAUAUCUUUGAUUGUCCGAAGAAUUUUCAAAACAGAUUUAGAAAAAAAUAAGAUUUGUUAUAAAGUUAAGGCUGAAAUUUCAAUUUAUGUUAUUUUUUUCAGCGCAGAAAAAAAUUUUUUUCAAAAAAACAAAUCAAUCAUAUUCAUUUUUUUAAAAAGCUCCAAAAAAGCUUGGAAACCCCUGUUCCGACUUGGUUUGCAAUUUUAAAUCGGUCCAAAAAAAUCGGGCCUAACAAUUAGCUGCAGUUGUGCACGAGAGCCGGAAACAAGAGUGUUCGAGCAGAAAAAAAGAUUGAGUGGGUGGAAAAAUCUGGAGAAUUUUUUUGAGGGAUCGGAAAUUUGAGAAAAAGGUUUAUAAAAAAAUUUAAAAAUAAAAACAAGUUUCAGUUGGAAAUAGCGUUCGAUUCUGUAUUUUAAUAACAUUUUUUUCGAUUUUUUUGACAUGAUUUACGUGAUAACUUUUCCGUGGGAUUCAGUAAUUCAAGCUCGAAAAAUUCGAAUUUUAGGCCGAGAAGCGAGAGUUUUCUUCAGUUUUUUUCUACUCACGGCUUGAUUUAGAGAAAGUUUAAGUAAUUCGUCUGAAUUCUGAAGUUUUUAAAAAAAUCAAUUUUUUUAGGCGAAAAAUGCAUAUUUUUUUGUUAGAAAUUUAUUAAUUUUAUGUUUUUUUGAAGGCCUAUAAAAAUUCCCUAAAUCAUCAAGGUUUUUGAAAUGUAGAAUAAGUUUUGAAAACAUAUUUCUUUCGAGGCUGUGGUUUUUUUUAAUAUUCCGCUGAUCAUCAAAGUUUUUUGAAUUCAAAAAUUCGAGUUUUUGACUGGAUUUUUUCAAAAAUAAGAUUUCAUGAGUUUUUUUAGAGAUGGAUUUAUGAAAUUUCUAACUAAUGUUCUUUUUAGGACUGUCAAUCCCAAUCGAGACUUCCCGUGGCGAUCUGUUGCUCUCACGAAUGUACACGCCUUCAUAAUCAUGUCCCUGUGAGAAUGUGUGCGGUAAGAAUCUUUCAUUUGUCCUCACCAGUUUGAAGUUUGAAGAUCUUUGAAGACUGUAUUUCAGUACUACCUUCCGGAGGUUGAAAUUAGGUUGCAUGGUAAGACUGUAACCAGAUCGAGACGAGAAAAUUUUUUCGAAAAAAAACAAUUUUUCAAGGGUUUCCGGCUUCAUUAUGGCUUUUUAAUCCUUCAAAACUCGUUUUAGUUUGCUCUUGGUGAAUCGGUACUAGGGAUGCACGAGACUCGUUCUGAAACAUUUUUUUAAAAAUUUUCUUUAUUUGACCUUUUUCAAUCCCUUGAUUGGGAUCAUCAUUUCUUAUGCCACACUUUGGUUUUUCCUACACCCAACAUUAUAUCGUUCCUAUCUUGAAUUUUUUGGAAACCUUCCUAUAGUCCAUUCAGCGCCAGCUUGUCACGUUUUUCUUUCCGCCAAAAGGCCAGGUCAACUUUGACCAACUUCGCUUCAAGACCUUUGUUUCUUGCCGUUAUAAAAAGAUCUAAUUUGGUAUACGGUCUUUCUGGCGGAAAAAAAACGGGACAAGCUGGCGCGGAAUAGGCUAUAAAUUUCGAGAAAUUUCGUGCAAUCCUGAACCCUGGACCCAUUUUUUCACCUUUUUAAGCAAACUCUUUAUGAGUUAAGUUGAGCAAUCCUCCGCUAUGUGAGUUUUGUCUCGAGCAAAGUCGGAAUGGUGGAUAAUAACCGCUAAAAGGGAGAGGCUCGAAAAAGGCUGCAAAAAGGCCGCAAAAAGGCUGCAAAAAGGCAGCAAAAAAGCCGCAAAAAGGCUGCAAAAAGGCUGCAAAAAGGCCGCAGAAAGGCAGCAAAAAGGCAGCAAAAAGGCCGCAAAAAGGCCGCAAAAAGGCUGCAAAAAGGCAGUAAAAAGAGUCCCUUUAUCGAGCCUUCCAUUUUUUCGGGAUUUUGAAGGCUCAAGAAAUGGUGGAAAAAGGAAGCAAAAAGGGUGCAUAAGGGCCGAGAAAAUGGCUCAAAAGGGCAGCAAAAAAAAAGAAUUCUAUGGAGCUUUUUCCCACCCUUUCCGACUUUGCCUAUGGUACUUGCCCGAGUACGACUUCUUCGAAAAUAUAUUAUUCAAAAAGAAGCCUGUGCCUUUUUCAAGAACCUAUUUACGGCUGGCUUGAGCCUCAUCAAAGACCUGAAACGACUUUUCACUUAAUAAUACACCCGAUUUUUUGCAGGACUGCUUCUCGUUGGCCCACGAGGAGAAGAAGCACCCUUUCAUGCACAGCGGAAGUGGAUGUGUUUGGGGAACGGCGGAACGUUGGACGACUGUUGAAAGCAUCGUUAAGCUCCUCCGGGAGACCACGUUAUUCGAGGGGACCGAAGGCGAGGGCAAAAAACCCAAGUGGCUGAGGCAACUCGACGGCGGCCAUUCCAUGGGCAAAGAAGUUAGGGAAUCCUGAAGGGUUAAGAAGAAAGAUAUGAUCAGAUCGACCGGAUGGCCGACGAGAGAAGGAUGUUGAGUCGGUUCGGAGUCUGGCUCAUGGCUGCUCUCUGUCCGCCGACUGAGAACGCCGAGCCGGUGAGUUGGGAGGGACUGGACUCGGUCUUGGGAAGAGAGUUGAGCGGCUUGGGGUGGCCCGGGCUCUGUUCCUCGUAUUUGCGAAAAGCCUGCCCGGGCUUUGGCCCCUUAUUUUUGCUUUUUUAAGCGAAGUUGGGCGGCUUGGGCCGGCCCGAGCUUUUUUCCUCAUUUUCGCGUAAAAACCUGCUCGGACCUUGGGCCCUUAUUUUUGCUUUUUUAAGUAAAGUUGGGCAGCUUGGGCCCGCCCAGGCUCUUCUUUUUCUUCCGGGCACAAUGUUUCGUGUCCGCAAAAAAGCCUUCCCGCGCUUGGGCCCAUUAUUUCUGCUUUUUUAAGCGAAGUUGGGCAGCUUGGGCCGGUCCGAGCUCUGUGACUCGUUUCCGCGAAAAAGCCUGCCCGGACCUUGGGCCAUUAUUUUUGCUUUUUUAAGUUAAGUUGGGCAGCUUGGGCCGGCCCGGGCUCUUAAUCUUAAAUCACGAAUGGUGAAAUUUAUGGCUUUCGGGACUUUAUGGGACUUUUAGGGCUUGCUGUGGGAUUUAUUAGGGCCUCAAUAGAAGAUUAGUAAUCAUAAUGGCCUCCGGGACAUUAACUAGAACAUUUUCUCCGGGAAAAAAAGGAGAAUCUAAAAGCCCAGAGAGCAAUCGCCUACAUCAUGAGGAACGUGUUCGAAUGGUUUGCCACGACGGCCCUUCUCCCCAACGACAGCAUGGGCGCCAGCCUCGAACAACUCAAAACUGAGGUUGGAGAUGAACAGAAUCUUCAUAAUCAUUGGAAGUCUUUAGUUCGUCUGCGAUUGGAUCAACAUGGCGAUCAAGGUCCACAAUGACGUUUUCAUCAAAACGCUGUGUGGGGAGAGCGAAGAACCCGAUGGAAGGCCUCACAUUGAGCAGAUCAAGGAAGGUCUUGGAAGGUAUUGAGGAUUUUUUGGACUUAAUAAGGAAAAGCAGUUGUUAAAACGAAAAGAAAAUUGCAUAUUCCCGUCAAUGAAAAACUUUUGUAUGACUUGUCUGCGCUCUCUUUUCCCUCGCCGGCGAGGUCAGUGAGAGAGUUACGGAGGGAGAGAGGGCGCAGAGAAAUCAGACAAAAAACAAUUUUGCUUCAAUAUUCAACUUUUUUCCAAUAUCUAAAUUCCUACAAAGCUCAUUUUUGAAGCAAGUUUAGACAGUCUGACCUGUCUGCGCUCUCUUUUCUCUAGGCGACGAGGUCUUUGAACAAUGAGAGAGUUACUGGAGUAAAGAGGGCGCAGAGAAAUCAGACAAAGAAACAUUUUUUCUUCAAAAAUCAACUUUUUCCCAAUACCUAGUUACCUACAAAGCUCAUUUUUGAAUUGAAACCGUCUGUCCUGUCUGCGCCCUCUUCUCUCUAGUCAGUGAGGUCAUUGAAAAAUGAGAGAGAUACUGAGGGAGAGAGGGCGCAGAGAAAUCAGACAAAAAAACAACUUUGCUUCAACGAUAAACUUUUUCCAAUAUCUAAAUUCCUUCAAAGCUCUUUGUCACUAUUUUGAACAGUCUGACCUGUCUGCGCUCUCUUUUCCCUCGGCGGCGAGGUUCUUGAGGAAUGAGAGAGUUGCUGAGGAAAAGAGAGCACAGAGAAAACAGAAAACUUGCAUAUUUUCCUUUAAUAAAUAACUUUGAAGGAAAAAUUUCAUAUAACACCUUGAAAUUUCACAUAUAGUUCAUCUAUAGAUCAAUAGAUCAAGUUCCAUAGAUCAAAUCUAUUUUCCUCGUUUUUUUUUUUCUGUUAAAUACAUUCCUUGACUUUAAUUUUACGAUUUUUGAGCUGUUUUUUCAUGGCUCAUUUUUUGAUAGGGAUAUUAUAAAAUUAUUAAUUUAGAUUGCUGGCCCUGAUGCCCUACGACGUGGUCACUCUGGAGACUUGGGGAAAAGUCAUGCCGAUUUGGCUGCAGGUAAUUUUGAAUAUGUACUUUUGAGAGAUCAGCUUUUCACGGCGUUUUUUUUUACGAAGCCCCGCCCAUAUUUUUUUCCGUAAAGUGUAGUGUGUCGUGUGCAUACACUGCCGCGCUCUCGCACAUGCCGAAGUAGCUAAUUUCCGCGAAAUUCGGUAGAGUCUUUACUUUCUGUCGGCUAAUUUGAAUUUUGCAGUAUUUUUUUGAACACAGAACGUGCUUUAAAAAAAAGAAACGAAAAAUUGCGUUUUUUCGAAUGUGAAAUCGAUUCGUCUUAAGACCCAUUGAACAUGCGCCUUUAAUAUUUUCUGUUUUGAUGACGUCACAUGGGAACGGCGGAGAUUUUGACCACGCCCCCUUAAUUUUUGGUUUUCCAUUUUCUUCCAUUAACAAAAACGCCGGGAAGUCUAAAUUUUGGAAAAGCAAAGAUAACAAUCUAAAAAAACAUUUUUGAAUAUUUUUUUAAACAAUUUGAAAGCUGCUGAGUAGCUCAAGUUUCAUUAGAAAUAGAGCCCUUAUUUGAUUUUUUUUAGUCCUUCAAAAUGGAACUGACACUUCGGAAUAAAAGAUGAAACGGAAAUUAUCAUUCAUUAACGUUUCUUAAGAUAUAUAUUUAUAGAAAAACCGAUUUUCAAAAUUCUGCUUUCGUCGAAGAGUCAUGUCUUGAAGUUUUAAAAAAAAAACGGGACAAAUCCGGGCUUAAAAAAGAACAAAAUUUCAGUCGAUCGUGGAAAACUGCACGGAAGACCAUCAGCCGGAGCUCAAAGUUCUCCUUUGCAAGAUUUUUGAGCCCGAUCUGUGCCCGCUGCCCUUCGAGACGACCAAAGUUUUCGAUUUUAUCAAUUGUCGACUCGUUGGAGACGACUACAACGAGAUGUUCAACGCCUUGCAGUGGCUUCAUGUGAUUUUAUCAGGAAGAAAUAGGGAAAAAGACGUUUUUCUAGCAAUUGUCAAGACUGGACAUUUCGAUCAUGCUGCAAAUGAUUCUGGAUGAUUUCACGCAGUGUUUGACCAAGUGAGUUUUGGAGAAAUUGAACUAUAAAUCGAGAAAAAUCCAAAUGGCUUCAAAAAGAGUUUAAAUUUUUUUUAGAGUUCAAAAAAGAAAAAAUGGAAAAAAAUAGUGUUUUAAAAUUUUUGUAGUAAUCAGUUUCCUUUCCUAAAGUUUUCCAAAAAAACAAAAAAAUUUUUUUAAUUUGAUUGGAACUUCACUCAAAGCGUCCCAGGGCACCGUGAUCAUAAAAAAAAAAAGAAAAAAAGGUUUUUUUCUCGAAUUUUAGUCGAGUUAUAAAGCCUCAAAGUUUGAAUUCUGUCUUCAAAGUGGAGAAAAUAAAGAUUUUUAGUUUUUUUGGCUCUAUAAUUUAGUUAAGAACUAAUAGAAUUAACAUUUUUUGCUUCUUCUCGACUUUUAAGCUUGAAAGGAGAAGCUUGAAAGCUUUAUAAUUUUUUUUAACUUGCAAUAUUUUCGAGAAAAACCGGCAGCUCUUUUUUUCGUGUAAACUGAAAAUUUUCCGAAAAUGAAACCAAAAUUAUCUCUGACUCUCCAAAUUUUAAUUAUCUUUCACACUUUCUGACGAUUCUUAAGAACGUCAGAGUGGUCCCUAGAGGGCUUUAGGGUUAUUUUUUGUUGUAGCUAUUUAAGAAGAAGUAUUUCCAUGCGAAAAGCUGAAGAAAAGAACUUUUUUGUGAGCUAUAUUUUGUCCCCUUCAGGGACUGUUCUCUUAACCCUUCUAGGGACCACUCUGGCAUUCCUAAGGUUGUUCUGAAAUCAGAUGAAAGCCAACUUUCAGACUGAAAACGAUCUACAUCCCGCCGCUGGCCGACAACGACCUGGAGGAAGAGGAAAUGUCGGUCCACGUGGUUCUGAUCGACGUCGUCGUGCUGCAGUUGCGGCUCAACGACGUCGAACGCAACAUCUCGACGACGGUCAUGGACAAGAUCUUCGAGUGCAUCCAACUCCUUCUGAGCGUCCCCAUCCGAGCCUCGCCUCACCAAUGUCACAACCCGGAACUCGACGGAUUCGCCGAUUGCUCACGUGAGAAGAGAUUUUACUCAGGCAAAUCUUGGGGAGGUGUUCGGACGCUUCUACUUUCGGUGCCUUCUCGGGCAAAGUCGGAGUGGUGGAUAAUGGCCUCUAAAAGGGAGAGGCGCAAAAAGGCAAAAAAGAGAGUCCCUUUAUCGAGCCUUUCCACCUUUCUGGGAUUUCAAAGGCUCCAGCGAUGAUGGAAAAAGGGAGAGGCAGCAAAAUUGGUGCAUAAGGACCGAGAAAAUGGCGCAAAAAGGGAGCAAAAAGGAAGCUGUCACCCUAAAAGGAGCAUUUCUAUGGAGCCUUUUUCCACCCUUUGCCUAUGUUGGAUGGUAUUUUGAAGCUUUUCAGCAAGUGGUCAAACACCUUUUAGUUACAUGCCAGAAGCCUGCUGGAAGCCUGUUGGAAGCCUGCUGGCAGCUUGUUGGAAGCCUGCUGGAAGCCGGCUGGAAGCCUGUUGAAAGCCUGCUGAAUGCCUGUUAGAAGUCUGCUGAAAGCCUGUUGGAAGCCUGCUUGAAACCUGCUGGAAGCUUGCUUGAAAGCUUCUGGCAGGCAGUCCAGAAUUUUAAAUUUCUUGUUUUUUAGUAACCUUCUAAAUACUUUCUGAAUGCAUUCCGAAGGCUUUUUCGUGAUCAUCUAGCUUCUAUUUACCUUCAAACGGACUUCCGAUUACCUUCCCGACACCUUCCCAGCAUUUUUCUGAAUUUUAAUUAGGAUAAUAAUGGUUUCAUUCACUGCACUGAUGAAAAAUAAGUCGAGAUGUUGUAUGAGCUCUUCUUUCCACCCGAAAAGUAAAAUUAUCGUCCUCGUGACAAAGAGAAGAAAGGAAUAAUGUUUUUUGCUGUGCAGCUUGUCAACAAGCGGCCUUCGUCCAACAGAUGAUCAUGCAGGUCACGCAAUCCUUGUGUCCGAAACGGGAAGUCGCAAUUGUGGUGAGUAGAGAAAUUUUGUCAUUUGGGGGGACUUGUCUAGAAUGAAAAAAAAUUUCAUUGAAAAAGGGUCCGAAUAGUAAUUUCGAAAGUUUACGUUGAAAUUUGAAACAAUAAUUGAGCUAGGAAUUGAAAUAUAGACAAUCUUUCACGACUUUAAAGGCGAGAAAUCGAGUUUCCCGCCAAAAAGCCGCGUCGCGUCCGCAACGCGUCACUCUUGCUAAUCUACUUAUCUUGCUUUUCAAAUCGGGGAAAUUUUUUUGUUGAAAAAAUAAACCCAGUUUUUUUAGUCUGAAAACUUGAACCCAAAAAACGCAGAAAAAUCGGUUGCUCUAUAUAUCGUAUCAUUAAGGGGAAAUUUCGAAGAAUAAAUAAAUACUAUAAGUAGCUCACUUGAAACGGUGUUGCGAUAUAGCCGGCUCACGGCUAACCUAAGGGGGCGGGGCCUGUCUGCGCACUCCACCAAACUGGCGCUGUCUCUUUUUUUUAUCGCAUCCAUUUUUCGAUGGCUCAAGCCAGCUGUGAAUCAGCUGUAAGAUUGUCUUCUAUUUACGAAGGUUACUGUAGGUGAAACUCCGCAUUCUGAGUUGUUAAGUGUAUGCACUUGCUUUUUAUUUUUCAAUUUCUAAGGUGUGUUUUAUUUGUUUCCCGUCGUUAUAAGCCAUUUCAAAAAAAAUCAAAAAUUCAAAAAAAAAAAAGUGCAAACACAGAAAGGCUCAGAAUGCAGAAUUUCACAUACCGUACUCCGAGGAAAUAUAAAAAUCGCUGUCGUAACCGAAUUAAAACGCCAAGUUCAGACAACGGAAGAAGACGUCGUCUACGAGGACCACAGCACGCCGACCGAAAGAGCCAGCUCGAUCCUGUCGCCCCUGACGGCGCCCGGCAGCAAAGGAGGAACUCCAGCAGCUCCCAACAAACAUUUCACGCCCAACGACCUGCCCACCCAGAUCUGCUUCGUUCAAACGGCCACCGUCGAAGAGGAACAGGACGACGAGUUCGUCGACAUCCUGCCCACGGAACAGGUCUUGGAACGGAGAAGGAUUGUUGGACAGAGAGGUGUUUUAGGUGGAGAUCGCGAUGGCUCAGGCCGUUACUCUGACCGAUUCGGAUGUCGGCAUGGAGAUGGGCAAUGUCGUUACUAGUACUACGGUUCAUGAUGUCAAGGUAGAGUUCUCAAAGGGUUCCCUGGGCAUCUACGGGGACAUACGCGGGCAGGAUCCUACCCCAGCUUUUUGACGAAUUCGAAAAUUUAUACCGCGUUUUUCGGCUAGUAGGCAUCCGCGCCGGGACACGGUAUUCCUAAUGGGAUGAGGGUGAGCGUCAAAGUUUCUGAAUUUACAAAAAAAAAAAGUAAGUGCGCGCUCCGGAUAAAAAGAAUGGGACGUCACAGCUACCUAUUGCCAUGUUCAAUUUGAUUUCGCGAAAUUCAUAAUGAUCUCUGACUCUCCAAAAUCUAGUGAUCUUUUCCUUUCUCUAACGGGUAUUUUGCAUUUCGCGGAAUCAAAUUGAACACGGCAUAUCAUUUCAAAUUAAACUUAGUAUUCAACGGCAGGACGAAUACAUUUGGCUGCGUAAUUGAGAUUUCAAAUUUCGCGCCAAAUCUUUUUUGACGUUCACCGCAACUUUUGCAGUGUCUGCGUCUCUCUGUUCCCUCACCGGCGAGGUCAGAGAAACAAGAAAAUAGCACGUUAAAAUAAGAGGGUCGCUCAGAGACGAGGAGGGUGCAGAGAAAUUUAAUGGACCAUGAAAUCCAUAGAAUUUUUGAGAACAGUUUUUGUGAAGACCCUGUUGAAAUUGCACAAAGAAGGCUAAAAAAAUUAUUAUUCUAAUUAUUUUUCUAAAUUUGUUGACUCUAGUUGCUCACUUUAAGAUAGAAUUGUGCUGAAAAAUCAGUUUCCUAAAAAAAUUUUCCAGUAUUUUUUUGAAUUUUAGUCACAUGAAAAUGAAGUUCAAAAAAAUAUUUUGCAUAGUUUUUCUAGCCAAAGAAAAAAAUUUUUGACUAGAAAAACUAUGCGAAAUAUUUUUCUAGUCAGAGAAAAUGAUUUAUUCUUGCUUGAAAUCUCCUUUUUUCCCUAAUAUUGUGCAUCGGCUGAAGAAAGAGGUGAAUAUUUGCUCCAUGGAGAAGGAUACGCAAUCUGACGCGCCCCGGAACAUUUCUGACCUUUUAGUGAGCACUUAAGAGUUUUUACGCCGCGAAAGGGAUCUCUAGAAAUGCUCGGAAACGUCCGCGGCGUUGAUCCGAGAUUUUUCAAAAUAUUAAUUUUCCAGGGCCUCGGAACUCCUCAAACACCUCAACCGAAGACCAACACUCCGGAUUUUUGGCAAACUUCUGUUGGCCGUUUCAGAUUUUCUCUGGAUCAGCUACCGGCUCAACUGAAAAUGAUCUAUUCUCUGCUUGGGGUACCAAAAUUGAUUUUUAAAAUCGAGUGAGUCUGUAUUUUAAGAGUCUGGACAAUGCCGAAGAGCCGGACGUCGAGUUUUUCUGCAUGUCGACGCUGAAACUGUUGUGUCUUCAUUGUGAAACGCUCAGCAAUGCGAGGAGGGAGCAUCGGGGAUUUUUGAUUUGGAUCCAGGUCCGAAAUCAUUGCUGGACAUGAAAAAGAGGAGAAAAAAUCGAAAAUUUGAUCCAUUCAAGACCCAUUUUAACAUCAAAAAGUCGAUUUUUGAAGAGUUUUAUACAAUUUUUAUGCACGUUUUGAAUAUUUCUAACGAAAGUUCACUUUACUUAUUCGUCUUUCCACUGUGUUCUCGAGAAGGCGGCAGAUUUGAUCGGUGGGCGUGGCUUACUGCAAGUUGCGGCGCGGUAUAUUGCAAUAGGGGCGCGGUUUAUUGCAAGUUGCGGCGCGGUGAUGAAAGCCGACUCUUGCGAAUUUGGGAAACUAAGAAAACCUUUAGUGGUCACUUUGGGGCUUUGACGUUUUAGUGGAUACUAUAGUAGACAAAUUUUUGGCCUCUUUAGUGGUUACAAUUAAGUGACCACUUAAGAUUUCUAGGCGGAGUUUGAGCGACGACUUGACAUUCAAAAUUUACUGUAAAUCAACUCUAUGGAGUUAUACGACUUAGUGGGCACUAUAGUGGUUUUUUAUGGUCUAGCAGUACCACUUGGACUUCUAAAGAAGUCGCUAAUUUUUAACCACUUGAGGGACCACUAAUGCGACUACUAAAGCGGCAACUAAAACGUCAUAACCCUCAAGUGGCCACUAAAAAUCGACUACUAUAGCGACCAAUAUUACGUCAAAACCCUCAAGUGGCCAUUAAAAAUCGACUACUAUAGCGGCUACUAAAACGUCCAAACCCUAAAGUAGACACUCAAAAUUUUUCGGACCGCACUCCCCUGUUUUAAAACACUGUGCCCUUUUCCAUCCUAGUAAUGAACUUGAAAAAAAAAUCCCCUCAAACGAGGAUUUCCAGGAAAACAUGAUGGUGCCAAAGCUAUGGGCCCGUCUGAGAUCAGACUACAUACAAGUCGGUGAACUGGCCACUCAUCUUUUGCUCCAUUCGAUCACCCUGCCCUGCGGCGAGGAAAUGUUCUGGAAGGUCGUUCAUCGCGAUUUCACCAGCCAACAGUGGAACGUCCGAUUUGAUGCAGGUCUCGGAAAAAAUGGCCUUAUUUUACUUGGAAGUUAAAGCACCUACUAGUUAGGACAUCAAAGUGCUCACUCUAGGGUUUUUUUUUUUGGAAAAACUCCUUUAAUGGACUCCCUAGAUAGCUUAAGUUUAGGCGGUCCCUAUAGGAAGCUCCUGAAGCAAAAGUGGUUUACUAUUUUCGCCUAGGAAAUCCAGAGUGGUCCCUAGAGGGGCAGCUACCAUGACUAGUUGGAAUUUACAGAGUGGCCCCUAUAGGGUUUCCCUCAGAAGACCGCCUUACGUUCCUUUAUAAGGGCCACUUUUACAGCUUUAUUCCCCCCUGCAGAGGUUUCAGUUAGUGUCCCCUGUAGGGGCUUCAGUUAGUGGUCUCUAGAGAUAUUUUUGUUCUGAUAAAUAAUCGUUAGUUGAAUGGUGAAUAUGAACAGUGAAAAAAAAUUGACCCCUAUAGGGGUCACUCAAAUUUUAGGAGCUUAAAAGUCAGACCUUAAACCCUUGAAGGGGCCACUUGAACAUUACUCCUGUAGGGACCCCUAUUUCGUCUUUUAUAAGGGCUGUUUUCACCACCCCUCCAGAGACCGCUCUGGCGUUAUAGGAGUUUAGGCUCAAGCUUAAGUGGUCCCUAUAGGGAUCAGAAUGCAGAAAAACUUGUAGGGACCACUAGCAACUCCCCUAAAGCGGCCACUGACUAGUACCCCUGGAGUGGUCACUUUUGCAAGUUUUAGUGGUCCCUAUAGGGAAGGUAAGACGGUGGGGAACCUACAAUGGCCCCUUUCUCAUUCCUAAAGAAAAAGAAUGAUUCUAAAUUUUUAUUCCAGUUGGAAAAGCCUACGUGAUGGCUCACAUGAUGAAGACAGCUCCAGUCAAGGCCAACAAAGUUUGAUUUUUCCCCAAAAUCCCAAAAUCCCAUUUUUACCGUCUCAGGUGGUUCAAACCUCCCUUGGCGCCCUAUUUUAUCAUUUUGUCGCUUCUUUACACGAUCCGAACCCGUCAGUUGCUCAGAGAGCCAUUAUUGCCCUCCGAGCGAUGCCCAGCCACACCUUAAAGGUUUCCCGGACGCUUUUAUAGUACGAACGUUUUUAUUUUAGCUCAUUUGCCUCUGUUUUGAGUCGCAAUUCGAUUCCUGUAUCAUUGAUCGACCUCUUCUGAUCGGCGCGAUCAGUAUGUUGGCCACGCUUUUGCCUGAUCAAACUACACUCACUUUCGACUUCUUCAUUCAGGUAGUCAAAGUGUAGAAUUCGAAAAAGAAGGUUUUUCAGAGAUUUGAAACUUUGGUCCUGGAGAGUCAACUGAGCAGCCAAUCCGAAGAAACCACGUUUGUCCAGGGUGAGCUUUUUCCCUUUUAGGGACCACUUUAUUAACCCCUAUAGGGGCCACUCAAGCUCGCAAAAGUGGUCCCUGUAGGGGCUUUAUAGUGGCCCUUAUGGGGGAGAUGCUAGAUGAAGAUAAAUCGAUGUUUUUCAUUUUCAAUCCUUUGUGAGGUACGCGCAUUAUCUAAAUUACGCUAAAUGACUUUUUUUUAUUCUCUUGAAACGGUAAAUUGUGUUUUCUUUCUCAUUUUUGCUUUUCCCCAAUUUUUGUGACCUUACAUUCCAAUAAUUCAAAAUUGUGUAGAUUUACGGAGUUAAUUUUUACGGAGGUAGAUUUACGAAUUCAAAUCUAAACAGUUUGACACCGAAAUCCUCAGAUCUGAUGCACACGGACCCGAUGAGCGACCUCUACCAGCGGAAAGUGACAAAAGCGAGAUCGGCCAUCGAAAACGCGACCACGGCCAGGUCAAUCGUCAAGCAUCUCAGGCAGUUCGAAGGCCUCAAACAUCAGCUCGUUCAUUUACCGUCAGACCCAGGUUGGUCCCCUCCUCCGGAUCGGUUUUUCUAACGAGGGAGCUUUUUUCGGCCCCCCGGUUGAACUUUUGAUGAGCUUUAGGGCCUCUUUAUCCCAGAACUUAAAAAGUUCCCAUUCGAACUUUUUCAAAUUAAUACAUGCGUUCAAAAGCAUACAUGCGCCAGACAACUCUUUAAUAGCGACUUCAUGGCGCGCGUUCCCCGAAAAUUGGCGCACACUCCCCAAAAAUUGGCGCACACCCCCCAAAAAUUGGCGCAAACACCCCAAAAAUUGGCGCACACCCCCUGAAAAAUUGCGAUCGUUUGCUUCUUUUUAUCGAUUUCAUCUAGAUGUUUUCAAUGGUUAGAACAUUUUCUAAAAUUUUGCUUCCUGUUCGGGAAUGAGGCUCACAAGUCGCAUCAAAAGUCAAACCGGAGACUGGAAAAAGUUCUGAAUUUUUCUUUUGGUUUUCGGAGUUUUAUUUUUUGAGUUAUCACACCAACUAACCCUUUUUAUCGACCAACUAACCAGAAGCUUUGAAAUUUUUCUCCUUUGUUUCAAAAGUUGAAGUAGUUUAUUCGUAUAAAAAAAGAAUGGGAAAGCUUUUAAAAAAAACUGACAAAUUGAGGAAAAUCAGAAAAUGAGAGGAUUUAGCUUGAAAAUCGAUUAUUCUUACUAGUUAGAACAAAAAAAUUUGAAAAAAAGAGUGAAGCUCAUUAGUUUCUCUUGGGAAAAACGUGCUCUAUCGCGCUUUUUUUGACAGAAUAAUAAACUAAUUAGGGGCGUGGCCAGCUAAUCAGGAGACCUCGGUAUUUUUGUUCGCCGGAGCAUCUUUUUCCCGAGAUUUUCGAGCUUCAUUCUUUUAAUUUUUGUUUUUCAGACUUUAUAACUCAAAUUGUUUUUUUGUUAAAUGUGAUUAGCCAAAAUUAUAAAUUUCGAGCAAUUUAACACGGAUUUUUCAAUACUAACGGUUUUUUUUUUGUUAAAUAUUUCAGCGACCCCAAUAUUCUACUUCUGGCAAUGUCUUUCCACUAAUUCUUCACUUUUCUUUCCUGUUUUUGAAAUUUCAAAAAAAAUCUUGAGAUAUUUGUAAAUUUCCCAGGCAGUCUGUAGUUAUUGCGUGGCUUCAAGUGUGUGUCUUUCCCGCAAUUUCAUGUCAAGGUUAUUUUAUUUUGUGGUUGGGAAUUUUGGGAAUUAGCCAGAAUACUCCUGGAUGUACCAAAAAGAUAUUCUGGAUGUCCCAAGCUGCCCAACUUCCUAGUUUUCGAUAAAUGAGGGCUCAAAGCCCGAAAAUGGCCCAUUUUGAGGGAUUUUCAUGGUUUUUUCGACUUUAAAGUGUCCUUUUUCAAUAACCUGGAGAAAAUUUUUAGUGGCCACUAUAGGGUUUCAACGUUUUAGUGGCCACUAUGGUAGUCAAAUUAAUGACCACUUAAGGGGUUUAACAUUGGUGGCCACUAUAGAGGUCUGUGCUACUAGACCACUGAAAAUUUUAGUGGCCACUUUAGGGGUCAAUGGAUCGACAUAACUGGUCCAAUCUGUUUGUUUUUAAAUUAUCAGAGUUACUGGAUGAAAAACUACUGUAGUGGCUACUAAAUAGAGAACCUCUAUAGGGGCCACAAAAACGGAAAAUAGUGGUCACUAUAGAGGUGAAUUUAGUGGCCACUUUAGCGUCCUCUCCAAGUAGUCUUUGGCGAGCCUCUAUAGUGGCCACUAAAAAUUUUUCAGGUUGAGACUUUCAGAAUACAACUUUGGUACAUCAGGAAGUGUCCCGGCGAAUUUUCAAAAAAUUCCCAACCAUAAAAUUUAAAUGACCGUCCUUGUUGGAGAGGGAAAAAUUCAGGAAAAUGAAGAUUUUAGUGACGUCGUUGUUGAUUUUCCCCCUACAGUUAUUUCACUUUGAAACCAAGAUUUUUCCCCUUUGUGUUUCGUGUUAAAAUAGAUUUGCAGUGGAACUACCCAAUUUUCCAUUGUUUUUUCCCUUUUUGGAGGUUUUGAGGGUGAUUUUUGAGUGUAGAAACGUCCCAAGAUCUUUGUGAGAAGUUUUUUUCCCGAAAAUUGGAUCUAGAAACAUUUUUCGCGUUUUUAUAGACGCUUGGGCUGCAAUUUGAGAGAAAAGAGAAAAUGAUCGACUUUUUCAAGAAAAAAAUCGAGAAAAAAAUUUUUUUGGAAGUUUUUUUGGAGAUUUUUUUGAGCAGUUCUUCUUUUUUUGGGCUCUUAGAUUAUUUUUUUCUAAAAAAAUAUAGAUUUAAAAAUUUUUUUGAAGAUUUAUCCAGAAAAAAAUUUUUUUCGAUAGCUGAUUAUUACUACGCAUAACUGCUCCACGGACAAAAAAAUUUUGAAUCCUAAUUUUUUUAAAGGAAUUCUUCUUUCAUUUAUACCGGGCUCGUGGGUUAGAUGGGGCGGGCCAGCCCGGCUUGGGCCUGUGCGGGCUUGGGCCAUUAAUAACAGAGAAAAAAAAGCAAAAAUCGUGAUUUCGGUCGCGAAAAAAGUCUUCUCUAAGAACAUUUUCACGCGUCUGGCCAGACCGGAUGAUUUUUUUUGAGGGCCGGGUCGGGUUAAGGAAGUGACCGGGAGACUGACGGGCUGGCCCUCUUACAUCCCUGAUAUUUGCAAUAAUAACAAGCUCCGCCCACUUGUCACCCUCAAGAACCGUAUCCAAUCGAAAACCUCCCCCCUCGUUUCCCUCAGUGAUAAGCCUGUCGCCGUCGCGACUUCCGCGUUGGCGACGUCGCGGACGACUUUCCGAAGCGGCCAUCUCCUGUCGCGUCAAGAUUCUGAAGGUCGUGACGAUGGUUCGCGUCGUGAAUCGGUGGCGCGAAAUGGCGGCCGACGUGGCGCUCGGCGCCGCGUCUCUCGUCUCCCUGAUGACGUCAUCGACGGGCGUCGCGCUCCCAUGUAG